GUCUUAUUUUGAAGGAGCUCUCACAGACUCUUCCUGUCUGCAGUCUUUGUUUCUCUGUGAAGUUCAGAGUUUCUCAGCUGAGGGAGUCGAGGUCUUUUAUGGAAAUGAGAGUCGGGCAGCUUGUUGCCCAGAACACCAGGCCAGAGGAAGUCUGGCUACUUAGCAUCUCAUUUACAUUUAGUGGAGAAAUGGACUAAUUAAUCAUGUGGCUAAUUUCCGUCUCAUUAGGGUGGAGUGGAGCUCCCUGAGCGAGGUCUGCCUCUCCAAAACAUUCACUCCUCUCUCUCACCUGUUGGUCUGAUCUUUACUUCUGCAGAUCCUCCGACUGUGAGAGACGGAAACACAGUUCAUGACCACUAAAGGUGUGUGUGUGUGUGUGUGUGUGUGUGUGUGUGUGUGUGUGUGUGUGUGUGUGUGUGUGUGUGUGUGUGUGUCUGUCUGCAGGGGGAUCGAGUGGGUGAGCCUCACCAGUUUCCUUUCUUUCGCCACUUCUGCUCCCAACAACAUGGGCCUGGUGCGAAACGAGCUGCAGCAUGUUGACCUGCCCACAGGUGAGACACACGUCCUCUCCCAGCAGCCCUCUGGGUCGAUCAGAACCUCUCUGUGUUUGUGUCUGGGCUUUUGUUCUGAAGGGUUCUGGAGGUUCUGAGGAGUUUCUGCAGCCAUAAUAACAAAGACAUGACAGAGUCUCUCUCUCUCUCUCUCUCUCUCUCUCUCUCUCUCUCUCUCUCUCUCUCUCUCUCUCUCUCUCUCUCUCUCUCUCUCUCUCUCUCUCUCUCUCUCUCUCUCUCUCUCUCUCUCUCCCUCUCUCCCCCUCUCCCCCUCUCUCUCUCUCUGUUUUUAUUCCUCUGUUUUUAUUCCUCUGUCUGAGUGUUUCUCUAAGAGACUCUUCUCUCCUCCUCCUGGGGACACUCACUCACAGCUUCAAAUUAGCUCCAAACCAAACCCUGUUAGGAUCUAACCGGAGGAUGCUGCGCUCUGAAAAUGAGAUCUUAUCCUGAGUGGCUGCAGACUGACUUAUAUCCCAGCCGAGCCCUUCAGGGCCUCCGUAGAAACAUCAUCACGCUGACCCCGUGUGUUUUCAGCUCCUCUGUGUUCAGUGUGAGGAGACACUAACCUUCAGGAACUCUCUGAGAACCAGACUCUGCAUAGAAAUGUCUUCAUGGUCACCAUGGAAACAUCUGUAUUUAACACAUAACCCACGUCUGAACCCGUGCGUCCUCGCUCACUCCACCGUGUCGGGUCUGUUUAUGUCUGCUGCUUCAUGGAUGGCGUUACGACUUUGACUGAGGAACAAACACCAGAGGAGGCGGGGCUUCUGACGGUUCACUCAUGACAUCAAUAUUCCGAUUUUACUGCUAAAUUAACACACAAACAAUUCAACACAAGUCUGUGACGACAAAGUGACGCACACACACUUUUUUAUUCAGCAUAUGAAUCAGUGUGAGUUUAAUACCUGCAGUCAUGUAGGGCUGAACGACUAAUCCAUUUACAUCGUUAUCGGAUUAUUUAAUCAUGAUGAUGUUAAAAAAUUAAAAUCAUCAAAUCAGUUUUCCUCUCUAUCAUGUCUCGCACCUCCAGGCCACCGUAGGGUCUACAGUUCCCACACACACCAGUGUAGACAAACAUGGCGUUCGCUAAAGAAGGCGGUCCUUCUCCAACGCUCUUUAACAUAAUAAUAAUAAAAAUAAAAUAAUGAUAAUAAUAAUAAUAAAAAUUUAAAAAAGAAAUAAUAAUAAUAAUAAUAAUAAUAUAAUAAUAAUAACAAUAAUAAUAAUAAAUUUUAAAAAAGAAAUAAUUAUUAUAAUAAUAUAAUAAUAAAUGUUAAAAAAAGAAAUAAUAAUAAUAAUAAUAAUAAUAAUAAUAAUAAUAAAAUUAAAAAAAAGAAAUAAUAAUAAUAAUAAUAUAAUAAUAAUAAAAUUUAAAAAAAAUAAUAACAAUAAUAAUAAUAACAAUAAUAAUAAUAAUAAUAAUAAUAAUAAAAUUUUAAAAAAGAAAUAAUAAUAAUAUAAUAAUAAUAAAAUGUACCUUACCUGUAGAGCUCCUUUCAAACCAGUGUGGCCGUCUUCCUGUUAUCUCGUCUCAUUCCACAGAAACUGUGAUUUCAGCCUCACUGCCUGGUCACAUGAUCUUUAGGGGUGGGUGUGAUGAUCGCUGUAGUCCUCGGUGAGUCCGAACACGAGCUCAUGAUUAGGGAAUCUAGUGUAAAGAUCUAGAUAAAUGCUCAUGUGUCUCCGUCUGUCCGUCUGUGAAGGUUUUGGACUCAGAGCUUUUAUCCACUCAGUCAGCCGGACACAGAGUGUAAGUCUCUCUGUUAAUGACUCUGAAGGAGGAACAGUCAUCACAGUUAACAGAGCACAGCAAUGGCUUUAGUUACACGCUCACACACACACUCUUACACACACACACUUAAUGUUUCUGUCCAGUUCCCAUGAGUUGAAGAGUCGGAGGCUCUCCAAGGUGUCCUUGACUUUAAAUGUUGCUGCUGUUAGUCUGAGCAGGCUGCAGGGAUUCAUCUCCGAUCCACUCAUGAGUGUGUGAGAGUUUGCCACGGUCACAGCCUUUCAGGAAUUAGACGUUUUUUUCGCCGUCUCCCUAAGAGCCAGAAGGCAAAGAUCAAUAUCAAUUUAAUCUGUGUGUAUUCAGUACGGAGAGACAAAAGGUCUGAGACGUGUUCAGCCUGUUAGAACAAGAAGAAGAAGACAGCAGAGGGAGAAGGACAGAGCGGGAGGAGAACACUCCCAUCAGCAGAGGCAGGUGUCUGACCGCUCCUUCAACACCACCUCCUGACCAGCUGAGAUGAACGAAUGUCUUCACUCCACAUCAUCUCCAUCCUUCACUUCACCGCCUGUUUACCUGCCUUCACUGAAACGCUGCUGCUCCUCAGAGCUGAGACAUCUGCACAGGUUUGGGUCCCACACCUGAGCGUAUGUGCACGCAUCUGAUUUCCUCAGAGAAGGUUUGCAUAUUUUUGCAUGAAGAAGUCUGCAGACAGAGGAGCAGGAACACGUAAAAACUGAACACUUCAAGGAUGUGGACCUGAUGGAGUGUUUUCUGAAGAGACUGGAGGACGUUAAAACAUCGUGUUCAAACGUCUUACACAGAUUUGUGGACGUCUGGUUGCCUGCAGCUGUUGUGAAUGAACGCAUUAACAAACACACAUUAUAAACACUUAUUGUGUAGAACAGUAAACACACAGCUGGUUUCAUAUUACAAACUCAGUUCCUCGAGAGUUUAGAUGCCGAGUAAAAUAUUUAUGAAAAAAACGUUUAUUUAGAUUAAAAUUAUAUCAAGAAAUCAUUUAAAAUACUGAAGAGGACGAGUCUCUGAGCCGCUGAGGCAGAUUUGAAAAAAGCGUCCCUUCCCCCACACACACACACACAAACCAUAACUCCGCCCCCUGAACCUGUAUCGCCCUCCCCAGGACACACCCCCUCUGGCAGAAGAUCCUACGCUAGAAGAUCCUUCUCCAUCACAGCUCCUGUAGCUAAGCUGCUACGCUACUGUUAGCCGCUCAGAGCUCCGAGGAGGGCGGGGAGAGUGGGAGGGGACGAGUCGGAACUACGGGAGAGGGGUGUGUCGAAUACAGCGAGGUGACUGGAUUGAGAGGCGGAGCAGGGGAUUGACCAAUAGGAGCUGUCUGGGACGGAUGGCUCCUAUUGGUCGAUGUUUUUUUGGAUUUUUUCCGAUCUUUUUUCACGUUGUGGAGAUCGCACUAAAGGACCAUGGUCGCCAUAGAAACGAUUUAUAAUAAUUACCGAUCUCUACAAUCGUUAACCACGACUUUAAUAUCACUUGUCCACAAACUCUCCUGAGGUCUGAGGGAUUAAAAUCUAAAACUCUUUUGGAAAGGACAACUGGACUUUCUUGAGACGUUUCGCCUUAGGCGGUCCCGCCCCCUUUGCCUCUGAUUGGCUGUGAAACGUCAUCACACGCUCAAACCGAACGCGGGCUGUCGGCUCUGUACCUCGAACAGAACAUUAUCGUAAUUCUGAGUCUCCUAACCCGACAGAUGAUGACGUUUCACAGCCAUAAGAAAUAACCAAUAGGAGCCCAGCACUUCUAGCCAAUCAGAGGUGAAGGAGGGCGGGACCUUCCCCUAUAUCCUACGGAAAAAAAUCUGCGCCCUGGACUGAUGUGGUCCUGACUUGUCGAUCGUUGAAAGCUCUGAAGUUCCCCCUCUAACACGCUCGGUGUAAACAGUUGGAGGUGGUCUCAGUCUCAGUGUGGACCCCCUCAGUCUGGACCCCCUCAGUCUGGACCUCCUCAGUCUGGACCCCCUCAGACAGCUCUGUGUCUUCGAGUGUCCUCCUCCUCUGACGGGGCGUCCUUGUUUUGUUUGAGGGGACUCCUUGACGCUCAGGUGUGAGGACGACUCUCCAGGUGAAACCAGGACAGUCUGGCACUGAGGAGUGAUGAGAUGAAUCUUUACAGGUGUGAGGAGGACAGACGACCUUCAUCCUCUCCUCCUCCUCCUCCUCCUCCUCCUCUCUCUCUCACCUCCUUCUCUGUGUUUUCUCAGGCAGGUGUUUUGCAUUCAGAGGUGAGAGAGGAAACGACGAGCCGCCCAUCGAGAUGAUUAAAGUGUCUCAUCUGAAGUGAGUUACCUGCUGCUGCUAUAAACCAGAAUCCAAGUCAGGUUUCUGUGCACACACACACACACACACACACACACACAGAGAGACCCUGAUACGUCUUUUCCUUUUUUUUAAUAAUCAGAUUUUAUUUUCUGAAUUUACAUAAAAACAAACAUCAUUUUUAUUCAGAUAAGGUAGAAAAUGACAAGAAAAGGAUCAAACAUGAAGGAGAAAAAGGGAAGAAAAACAACAACAACAACGAAGUGUUUGUUUUAGUUAAUGAUCAUUAUCAUCGUCACAAAGACAGAAGCGUUCAUCCUGCUUCUUUAAAGAGGCUGAGAUCCUGUAGUCAGCGGUCGAAUGUCUCUGUCCUCUCCUCAUAUCUAUAGAAACCCGCCCUCGUAUGUUUAGGUGGAGAUGUGUUGUUAGAGAAAGCGACGCCUCUGACGGUUCUGCCCACGCCGUUGUUUUUCUCCGACUCUGAAAUGAGCCGGUCUUCAGAUCUGUGGGUCUGUGAACGUGGUUUUCAGCUGUGAAGGAGAUAAAAAAAACAGCUCUGUAGGAGUUUGGACGCUGAGACAAAUCUCCAUGAAAAUAGAUUUUAAAGGUUUACAAAGACCUUCAUACAUCGCUCAGACCUGGAACAGACCCAUGACAUGGACUCUGAUGAUUUGGACUCUUUGAUGGGUUUGACUCGUGGGCCUCCAUGGUUUCUGUGAGCUGUAUUCAAGCUAAGAGUGGCUAAUGCUAACACACAGAAGACCUUCGUUUGCUGCUUUUACUCUGAAAGGUCAGGGGGGUGUUAGUCUUUACACAGCUCCAUCAUCAUCAUCAUCAUCAUCAGCUGUCCUGACGGUGUUUCCUGUUUGUGUCUCUGAGCUUCAUGGAGGUCUUUACAGAUGAACAGCUCCAGGUUUCAGGACCAGCAGAGACUCUGAUCCACAUGGUUCUGGUCUUGGUUUCCAAAGGAGUUCUCAGUGAAAUAAUAACUAUUAUUAUUAUAAAUAUUAUUAUUAUUAUUUUUAUUAUUAUUAUUAUUAUUAUUAUUAUUAUAUUAUUAUUAUUAUUAUUAUUUAUUAUUAUUAUUAUUGUUGUUGUUGUUGUUAAUAUUAUUAUUAAUAAAUAUAUCAGUAGUGGUGGUAGUAGUACUAUUAUUAGUAAUUUGAUUAUUAUUAUUAUCAUUAUUAUUAUUAAUAAAUAUAUUAGUAGUAUUAGAAGUAGUUGUAGUGGUAGUAGUUUUAUCAUUAGUAAUAUUGUAUAUUAUUAUUAUUAUAAUUAUUAUUUAUUAUUUUAUUAUUAUCAUCUUUAUCAUUAUCUUGAUUAUCAUUAUUGUUGUUAUUUUAUUAUGAUAAAUUGUGUGUUUAUUACUAUUAUAAUUAUUCCUAUUAUUAAUAUUACUAUUGUUAUUAUUAUUAUUAUCAUCAUCAUUAAUAUUAUUAAUAGUAGUAGUAUAAUAGUAGUAUUAGUAUUGUAAUGAUUGUUAUCACUGUUCUGCUCCUGUGUCCUGUCUGCAGGCUGAAUGUUUUCUCCUUUAAAGUAUAAAAUCUAGAUCCACAGUAACUUAGAUCCUCUCUCACUAACAGUUCCUGCUGCAGUGGGUAUCUAUCUGUAUAUGUCCACCUCAGGCCUGUUGGGUCCCUGAUGCCCUAAAAAGAGGUUUUAAUAAUUCAUGAAUGUUGUUCAGGGUAAAGACCUGAACUGGACUUCAUGUUCUUAUUAAACAGCCAGCAGAGCCUCUACAGUAUGAUUCAGCGUAUUUACACUCAGGGAGGAAAGGGGGAGGAUAAUAAACAGGACCUUCAAAAUAAAAGACUCUUUAAACUGAUGAGAAAUAAGCGUGUCCAGAGAAAGCUGUUAGUAUCUUUAAAUAAUGUUGGAGAGUUCAAAAGAGUUUAUGGAGAUGAGAAACAAAGUGGAAAAGGAUUUCUUUAAAGUCAGACUGAAAAAAACCAUCAAAAUCAUGAAAACAGUCGGAGGACGUCUCCGUUUGGUGCUCCGUCUUUAACAUCGACUCCUCUUCUCUGGAAACUCUCCGCCUGUUUUAUUUUCAGGAUGUGAAACUUGGAAUUCUUGUAGAUAAAGUUUAUAUAUUUUUCUGUCUCUCUCUCUUGGAAAUAAUAUUUUUAACUUCUUCAUGUUAAAUCACAAUUUCCUCUAAUCAACAUACAUAACAUACAUUUAACAUAACUCAUAACUUUUACUUUCUCCUCGGUAAAUUUCCCGCCCUAGUUUGGGACGUUCAGUCAGUUUAUUUUUCCAGUGAGUUUGAACUUUUGUCUGGAAAACGACUUUUUCUUUUUCUGUUAAAUAACUUUUUUUUAUUCUUCCUCCACAAAUGAAAUAAUUUCUUUUUUUUCAUCUAAAUUCAUUUUGAGUUUAAACUUUUUUCCUCGACUUUGUUUCUCAGACUGAAACUUUUUUCUGGCCGUAAAACCGUAAAAACAGAGGCUGAAGUGUGUGUGUGCGUGUGUGUGUGUGUGUGUGUGUGCGUGUGUGUGUGUGUGUCUGCAGGCAGUACCUGGUGGUGGUGUUCAGGGACAAACCUCUGGAGCUGUGGGACAUCAGGUCGGGGACGCUGCUGCGAGAGAUGGCCAAGAACUUCCCCACAGUGACCGCUCUGGUAAGAGGACUUGAUGGUCUCCUCACUGAUGACAGUCGGGAGUUUUCAGGUGAAGGUGAGGCUCAGGUAACCCCGCCCCCCGAACCUCAGAUGGAGCUGCAGGUGGACAGGUGGGUCUCCUGAGCCUCACCUGAGAGAGCGUCUGUCUGCUAACCCUGUCUCUGUCCGUCUGUGAACAGGAGUGGUCCCCGUCACACAACCUGAAGAGUCUGAAGAAGAAGCAGAUGGCGGCGAGAGAGGCCAUGGCGCGGCAGACGGUGUCGGACGCCGAGCAGAGCAGCGUGGAGUCCUCGGUCAUCAGGU